GCAGUAUGAUUAAAGGAGACGGCAGGAAAAUGAACGAGAGACUAACAGUGCCUGCUAUUCCAUUGCCAAUGGCCAUCGCGUGCUGUGCUCUCAACUUUCUCAUUCCAGGAUCGGGGACGGUCUUGGCGGGGUUCACCUCCCUGUGUUACGCCCAGGACGACAUGGGUGUAGGUCUGAGGUGUGCAUCCUGCUGCAUAGGUUUCGCCGUGGGCUUGCUUCAGCUUCUCACCCUCGGCGUCUUUCUGCUCGGCUGGAUAUGGAGCUGUAUCUGGGGCCUGGGAUUCCUGGGAAUGUCCAUCAAAUAUUCCCAAGUCUCACCGCUGUCAGCGACAGCCCACGUAAUACCGUCGAUAGUAGUUCAACAACCAGGUCAAGGCCAGGAAACUGGCCACGUGGAGAACAGCCAAUAUAUGUCAAGUCACCAUCACCAAAUUGUGUAUCCAUCACAGCCAGCGUAG